AACGAGAAGAUCGCGAUAUGGCUGAAGGACUGCAGAACGCCUCUGGGAGCCUCCCUGGAUGAGCAAAGCAAUCCUCUGUUGAAGGGCAUGCUGGUGAGAAAUGGAGGAAGUUUUGAAGAUGACUUAUCCCUGGGAGCCGAAGCUAAUCAUCUACGGAGUGAUACACAAAUGGAAACACGCAAUGGUGUGCUGGCGAAGGAGAAGAGGUUGCAGUUUCACCAGAAGGGGAGAAGUAUGAACUCUACUGGGUCUGGAAAAAGCAGUGCAACUGUUUCAAGUGUUUCUGAAUUACUGGAACUUUAUGAGGAAGAUCCUGAAGAAGUGCUUUACAACCUUGGGUUUGGAAGAGAUGAACCAGAUAUUGCUUCAAAAAUUCCAGCGAGAUUUUUUAAUUCAUCAUCGUUUGCCAGAGGGAUAGAUAUCAAAGUGUUUUUGAAUGCCCAAUUACAGCGCAUGGAAGUGGAAAAUCCAAAUUUUGCUUUAACAAGUCGUUUUCGUCAAAUUGAAGUGCUUACUACUGUGGCCAAUGCUUUUUCUUCUUUGUAUUCUCAAGUCUCUGGGACUCCUUUGCAGAAAAUUGGUAGUAUGAAUUCAGUUUCUUCCAGCAAAGAGGCAUCCAGCCCUCCCCCUUUAAAUCGCAGCAAUACAGCCAGUCGGUUAAUGAAGACCUUGUCAAAACUCAAUCUGUGUGGCACACAGCAAGCCGAUGGUAGCGGCUGCUCAACUCCUUCACCUGUUGAAAAAGGGAAAAGUCCAGCUGAACCAGGGAGAGAGGAAAAUGAUGUUAAAAAUGAAUCUAAAUUACAAAAAUACUCUAAAAAGAAAGACUCUCCCUCUUCUUUGGCUACUGUAAAGGAGGAGAUAGCCAGUAGUCAGACAAAUGCUGUGGACUCAAAUAAACCUGCAAACCUUCCUGCUGGGACUGCUGAUACGCAAGUGGGUACUGUGCCUCUGGCAGAUGUGCAAAACAGCAGGUUGGCAAGUGCCCAGGAUGGACUGUGUGAAGAAUCUGGUCCUUUGGACUCGCCAGGCCUCAGCAGUAGUUCCAGUACUUCCAACAGCAGCACCCUGACACAAAGGCUGCCUGCGGCAUUGCCAGGCAGAGACCCCUGCGCUCCCCUUGCAAACCCGUCCAUAAUGAAUCUAAUGCUGCAGCAGAAAGACUCCUUUGAGAUGGAAGAGAUCCAGAGUACGGAGGGGGAUCUACCACAUGUUCCAGCUUCUCACCAGCUGGCAGUGGCCAAGUCAAGGAAAGAUCAGCUAUUACGGACUGCCAGUCAGCACUCUGACAGCAGUGGCUUCGCUGAGGACUCCUCCACAGAUUGUUCUCCAUUUAAUCAGCUUCAGGUUCAGGAGUCUUUGCAGGGCAUGGGAAGCAGCGCUGACAGCUGUGAUAGUGAGACAACCCUGACCUCGCAUAGUGAGGAACAGAAGACACCAAUAGCCAAGGAACUGCCCUGUUUCAAUAGGUUUGAGGAGGAAGAAGAUGAUGAGGAUGAGGAGGAUGAUGAUGAUGAUGGAGAGGAUAUUAUCUCUCAAGUAGAGGGACAAAAGGUAGGGUCACCUUCUGAAAACAGAAGGAGAGAAGGCAGAAAAAUUGUUGGCUAUGAAACUGAGCAAAAUCAAGAGCGAGAAAGCAAGUCAUCUCAUAUAUCGGAGACAGUCCAAGGAGAGGUCAGCUCUAAAGAGGAAGACAUUUCCAAUGAGCAAAACCAAUCGGACCUGCUGGAGGAAGGCAGUGUGUCUGAGUUUCCUCAGUACCACACGCACCAUAUCCUCAAGUCGAUAGGGUCUCUUGAAGGUGGUGGCUCCUCCGCGUCAUCUGUGGACAAGGUUCAUGUUGCCUUGCAAAGAGCUGAGAUGAGGAUUGUCAGUACAUCUGAUUCCAGGGCUGGGUGUGCUCUGCCUAAGUCAAAAGAUCUCCUGAGAAAGCAGAGACUCUGGUUUGCUGAAUCGGGCUAUCCUCUAAGGCGGUCUCAGUCUCUCCCAACUGCAUUGCUGAAUCCAGUAAAAGUAGUGUCCUCUGUGAAUGUACAGUUAACUCCAGGAAAAGAGACUUUGUGCAGUCCUCCUUCCUUUACCUACAAGUACACACGUGUGGAGGAAGAUGAGAAAGCGAUGUCUGAGAAUGACAAAAGUGAGGGUGAGGCAGCCUCCAGCCAGCCGGUGUGCAAAUCCACACUGUUUAUUGCGCCUUCGUCCUCCAAAAAAGAAAUGCCUCAGACUGAGCCAUCUGAGGAGCCCAGUCCCACCAGGGUGCAGAGCUGCCCACUGCACACACCGGCACACAUGUCCCAGUCGACAUGUUCCCUUCACUCCCUCCCUGCCGAAUGGCAGGACAGACCGCUCUGCGAGCACGUGAGGACACUGAGCACCCACAGCAUCCCAAGCAUCUCCGGCUCUUCCUGCAGCACCUUCUUUUCUCCCUUCAGCUGUCCUUUCUCUCCAAGGCAUGCUGGAUUUCCUCAUCGACCUCAUGCCAUCAACCCACCCUCCACCGUGGAGAUGCAGCUGCGCAGGGUCCUACAUGACAUCAGAAACUCUCUGCAGAACCUCUCACAGUACCCGGUGAUGAGGGGUCAGGACCUUUCUGCUGCCACUGGUUACACUACUCAGAGAUCAUCCAUUCUACCUCUCUAUGAAAAUACUUUCCAGGAGCUACAAGUGGUCAGGCGAAAUCUAAACUUAUUCAGAACACAAAUGAUGGAUCUGGAAUUGACUAUGUUACGUCAACAGACAACAGUUUAUCAGCACAUGACAGAAGAAGAAAGAUAUGAAGCUGAUCAGCUACAGAGCUUGAGAAAGUCUGUCCGCAUGGAGCUACAGGAGUUAGAGAUGCAGUUAGAAGAACGCCUGCUUGCUUUGGAAGACCAGCUGAGAAGUCUGCACAUGUCUUCACCUUACAGAUCUCAGACACACGUAGGUAUGUAUGGAAGCAGAAGCGCUGAAAAUCUAUCAUGCCCUUCUCCAUUGAAUGUCAUUGAACCAGUCUCCGAACUUAUUAGAGAGCAGUCAUUUCUGAAGUCUGAACUGGGUUUAGGACUGGGAGAUCUUGGACUGGAAACUCUCCCAGCAGAGGGUACAGAGUCUGUAUUCUCCCAUGGAAACUCUGAUUCCUCUUCAGUGUGCUCCGGUCACACAGGUAGAAAAGCUGGUGCUGGAUCCUCUGAAUUUACAGGAAAGUCUAAGAGUCAAAGCAAGAAGUUAUACCGAGCUUCCGUUGCCUUAACACCAACUCCCCCAGUGAGAGCAGGCGCUGGACAGCAGGUGGAAAGCUCUGAGGAGCCUGCAGGCUCCAAGCCAGUGGUGGAGCAAAAACUUGAAAAAGUCCCUCUCGUGCCUUCGGUUGAUGAAAUCCACAAAACUGUGGAGCAGGAGGAGCUGCAGCAAGUCAUACGGGAGAUCAAGGAAUCUAUUGUUGGUGAAAUAAGACGAGAAAUAGUAAGUGGAUUGUUAGCAGCUGUAUCACCCCAAAGCAGAUCUGCAACUGCAAGACAAGAUACGCAGCCAUGAAAUUGGUACUACAGGU